AUGGUUCACUGUGCAGGCUGCAAAAGGCCAAUCUUGGACCGGUUUUUGUUGAAUGUACUGGACAGGGCUUGGCAUGUGAAGUGUGUUCAGUGCUGUGAAUGUAAAUGCAAUUUGACAGAGAAAUGCUUUUCGCGAGAAGGCAAGCUUUACUGCAAAAACGACUUCUUUCGGUGUUUCGGGACCAAGUGCGCGGGCUGCGCCCAGGGCAUCUCCCCCAGCGACCUGGUCCGCAGGGCGCGGAGCAAAGUGUUCCACUUGAACUGUUUUACGUGUAUGAUGUGUAACAAGCAACUCUCCACCGGCGAGGAGCUCUACAUCAUAGACGAGAACAAGUUUGUCUGCAAAGAAGAUUACCUAAAUAACAGCAAUACUGCCAAAGAAAACAGCCUGCAUUCAGCCACCACCGGCAGUGACCCCAGCCUGUCCCCCGACUCCCAAGACCCCUCCCAGGACGACGCCAAGGACUCGGAAAGCGCCAACGUGUCCGACAAGGAGACGGGCAGCAACGAGAACGACGACCAGAACCUGGGGGCCAAGCGGCGGGGACCCCGCACCACCAUCAAAGCCAAACAGCUAGAGACUCUGAAAGCCGCCUUCGCGGCCACCCCCAAACCCACCCGGCACAUCAGGGAGCAGCUGGCGCAGGAGACCGGCCUCAACAUGCGGGUCAUCCAGGUCUGGUUCCAGAACCGGCGCUCCAAGGAGCGGCGCAUGAAGCAGCUGAGCGCGCUGGGCGCCCGCCGGCACGCCUUCUUCCGCAGCCCGCGCAGGAUGCGGCCGCUGGUGGACCGGCUGGAGCCCGGGGAGCUCAUCCCCAACGGGCCCUUCUCCUUCUACGGAGAUUAUCAAAGCGAGUAUUACGGCCCUGGAAGCAAUUACGAUUUCUUCCCGCAAGGACCUCCCUCAUCUCAAGCUCAGACGCCGGUGGAUCUCCCCUUCGUGCCCUCCUCGGGGCCGUCAGGCACUCCCCUGGGGGCCAUGGAUCACCCCCUGCCCGGACAUCACCCCUCCAGCGAGGCCCAGCGCUUCACUGACAUCAUGUCGCACCCCCCCGGAGACUCGCCCAGCCCCGAACCCAACCUGCCCGGGUCCCUGCACUCCAUGUCGGCCGAAGUUUUUGGCCCCAGUCCUCCGUUUUCCUCGAUAUCCGUCAACGGUGGUGCUAACUAUGGCAAUCACUUGUCACAUCCACCAGAAAUGAAUGAAGCGGCUGUGUGGUAG